AUUUCAGGGAAAUGGUACGUAAAGUUAGAGUGUGAAUGCAGUGUGCCAAGCUCGGGUGUCGGAGGCGUCCCGGGACGUUUUCCCUAGUGUAGGCAUUUUGCGCCCGAGCAUUAUGCGUGAGAAUCGUGGAAUGAAUGUGUUGGUAUGCCUGUUUUGCCAUAUUUUUUAAAUAUAGGGUUUAGGUAGGAUAGGUAGUAUAUUUCUGGUGUGCCUGUUAAUUAUAAGUAGGUAGGGCCGGGCAGGUUGUCACAGUCUCUGAUCGGGUAGGCGCGUUUUCGCGUGGCAACCUGUUUCAGGAAAUAAAAUUUGAAAAAUCGAGAGCAAAACUGAGACGAAUGGAGAGUACCAUAUCGUUUCUGGUUUUUCCCAUCGAUUUUUCGAAUUCCGCGGUCGCGAUCGCGAAUUAAACGAUCUCGAAACGAACGUUGCGCUCGAGAUUCUGCGCGUGUACGGACAAUUAUCAUUGCGAUCGUUGGUCGUCCACGUGCGAUUAGUUUUCGCGAUUUAAUCUUUAUUUUUUUUUUUUUUUUUAUUUGCGAUUAGUGAAUCUCGAGCCUAGAUUUAAGUUUCAGCGGGCAUUGCGCCCGAAGGAGGAAGACCGAAGAGGCCCGACAAACUGUCACGAAGAGGGCUGCAACGAAUGGCUUCUCAUCUUUUGGAUUUUGUCCAAGUCCAAAGAAUGGGAAGUCAUUGUUAUUAUUUUGUCACUGUGCUCGUUUUAGUAUCACGUAGUAAAUGUUGUGUAUUGUCCGGCCGAUGCAUGCGGGCCCAUCAUCUAGAUCCAGGCCAGUCAUCGUGGGCAAAUCGCGAUUUUGCAUUAGUGUUGCGAUAAAUUAAUUACGGGUUGAAUUAGUGUUGCGUCAAAGUGAUGAUCGCGUUUGUUUUUUUAAAUAUUUUGGUAAAUUAAAUAAUUUCUUAUUACAGUUUUUUAUAUUUAUACUUAAAUUGCAAAGUCAUUAGAUUUUAUUUUUGAAUGUUGCCUUUUAUUAUGUUGCGUUCUAUAUUUAUAUCGGAAUAUUUGUUAUUUUUUAAUAAAAAUAAAUUUUUUAACUUGAUUCAUUUUAAAAUUAUUUUAAAAUUAGUGUUGCGAUAUUGUUUCAUCGCGGUUGUUUCGAUUAGUGUUGCGUUGACAAAUGAUCGCGUUUUUUAAAUAGUGUUGCGUUAACAAAAUGCCCAAAGUUUUUCCACUGAUAUAAUGGAAAUUGUUUAUGCUCUUAGAUCAUCUAAUUUUCUAGCUAAAAAAGCUAAAUAAUGGUAAUCAUUGUAUUUUGUUAUUUCUUUUUAGUUUGUUCUUUUUUUUUUCAUCAUCAUUUUAUUAAAGAAACUUGUCUUAUUAAAAUAUAUAUAUUUGUUUAUUAAAAAAAUAUCUUCUGUUUGUUGAUUGAUAUUGUUCGACAAAGUUAUUAUGUUAAUAAAUAGAAUGAUAUAAUAUAAUGUAAUUUUGUUUCAUUCCAUUAGUAAUAAAAUAUAUUUGAUACUAAAUAAUUUUAAAUUAGAAAAAAUUUAACGGAGUUUCAAUCAAAAUUUUUAAGAAAUAAAUCAUAUAUCUUUUUUUAUAUAGAUGUUUUAUAAAAUAUUAUAUCUUUUAUAGAUCUUAUAUAAAUUUUAUGAUUAUCUCCAUCUAUGAUAAAUUCUUAAAUUAUAAAGAGUAUAUUACAAACUUACACAAUCGGUAUUUCAGAAUAUGAAGCACGAAUAUUACGAAGCCUCAUAAGAUAAAUCUAUUGUCUAUCUUAUCUAUCUAUUGUCUCUUUGUUUACUGUUACAUAAUAAAAAUAUAUUGCAUAUUAAAUCAAACAAUAAAUGUGAAGAUUUUAAAAUAAAAAAGAAUAAAUAAUUUAAAAAACUUGAAAAUAACAAUCAUUAAUUAUGUUAGGUUAUGAAAGUGAUUCUGAUUUUAUUAAAAAUCGAAUGGACUUAAUUAAAGAAUGGGAACCACGUAAUGAAGUCUGGUUUUUAAAACAUGGAAGUAAAAUAAUAGCAGGAAUUGGUAUUAUUAAUGGAUUGAUAAUUAACUCAAUAUUUAGACGUAAAUUGAAGUUAUAUCACAAUGGUACGAUAAUGACAACAUUAUUUCUAACAUUUGCACCAGCAUCUACUUCGUAUUUAUCUCAUCAAUUCUUUAUUUUAAAUAAAAUAUUGAUACAUGAACCUUAUUGUUUGAUAUGUGAAGAAUUAAAAGCAAUUUCAUUUUUACAAGCUAAUAGCUUAUUAUAUUCUUUAGUUACAGCACCAACAAUAAAUAUUGGAAUUGCUGGAAGUAUUGGAUACAGAAUUCCACAUAUAAAAGAAGGAAAGGAACUUUUCAAACUUUGGUGGAGCAUUAUUAAACCUCAUUCUAAGAUCAUAUCAUUUUUGUUUAUUAUCAACUCAAUUGCAGCUGGUCUGGUUACCUACUUACAAAUUUUAUCAAUGCAAAAUCUAACAAAUAUUAUGUUAAGACUUCAAGACUAUAUUGAUAAUAAACAGAUUGAAAAUAUGAAGUAGGAAAUAUCAAUGAGAAAGUUAUAUACACUAUUAUAUACAUACUAUAACAUACUAUACUAUAAAUAAAUUUUAUUAAUUUUUAUUUAAUAAUACUAUAAAUAAAUAAAUUUAAUUAGAAGAAGAUUUAUAAUAAUACAAAUUUAAAAAUUGUAUUAUUUGUAUUAUAACAUGAUGCAUCAAUAACAAUAAAUGAAUUAAUUAUGCAACUAAA